ACACUUAAUGCUGCAUUUGAUGAAAAUUAGUAUAAAAGGCAAACUCCAAACUUGACCUACUCAUUCGUACUAAACUACUCGAAAAGUGAAAGACUUCGCAAAAUGCAAGCCAGCGCUAUUACAAUCCUUUCUUUAGCUCUUAUUGGUGUCACAUUGGCUGCACCGAGAUCAUCAGUUGUCAAGGCUCAUGCUGACAAUGGUAUACUGAACUUGUUGGCACAAUCCAAUUUGUUGGGUUCUUCCGGUGAUCCUGAAAUCACCACCGAAUGCUUCAACCAUUUCAUGCCGAUCUUAAAUGAAAUUUCUACCAACUUCUCUGUGGAGUAUGAGCAAUGUGUCAACGUGGCCACACAAGCGUCAGCCAAUCUCUCCGCCGAGGCAGCUCUGAAUCGUGCAACUUUCAUGAAGGAAACCUCCGCGAUUUGCAGUGAUUUCACCUCCUGCCACAGUGACACCGAUAAUUUGGACUUCUUCAACUGCUACGCCACAGCCGCCUCAGCGGAUAUCAAUGAAAUCUAUAAUUUGUCGACCGAUGCUUCGAACGCAGCCAUUUCUCUUGAGGGAGGUUUGCAACAAAUCAAGGACACCGAGAAUAUCUGCACCAACACCGCUCAAAGCACCUACACUGAGAAGACCUCCGAGACCUAUAGAGAAAUGAAUGAGUGCUUCAUCAAUGGCUUACCGUCUGCUAGCACUAUUGCCAUUAAUUGAGUCAAUAUUGUUUCUGGCAAAACUGUUUUAGUUACAAAAUAAAAAUUGGGUACAAGAAUAUUCAAAAUGUA